AUGUCUUUCAGGCUCGCUACCCUUAUUGGCUCUAAUAUACAUGAUUACAUUUUCCAUCAUAGCGACAUGUAUUCAUCACACAAUAAAACGCAAAGGGACACCCAUAGUGUCCUGUCUGCCCCACAGGUACAGAGACGAUCCGAAACCAUUCAUGGAUCCGCAUACCUUCACCCAGAGGGAAUCAUUGAAAAUUCUCAUAGCUGA